UUGUUAUAUGUAUGUGUUCCAAAGCACUCUGACAAUCGGUUCUCUACAUGGCAAUAAUUUAAAAUACAAUGCACCAUGUGUAAGUGUAACUAAUUUUAAAGAGAAACAUGUUCAACAAAUAUUUCGUUAAUUACAUUUUUUGGAGUUAGAGUUUAGUUAGAAGAAAAAUAAAUAAUAUGGAAAACAAGGUUGUUAAAUAAUGGAGUGGGCCUACAGUGGCGUAAAUAAGACAGUUUCUAGAAAUGCCGGUACCGAAUGCGAACAAUAUUUAAAUCCUUUCUGGCGAUAUGCGGAAACAAUCGUCGUAUUGCUUUUGGCUGUUGCCUUAUUUAAUUGGAGCUAUUACAAAGUAACAUUGCCUGAAGUAAAAAUAGUGAGAAAUGAAGGAACGGGAAAGAGGAACCUUUUAAUACUCAUGUCCCUUAUAUGGGGCAUGGAAAUUGGCUAUAAACUUUCAUCCAGAACUGUGAUAUACUUGUUAAAUCCUUGCCAUGUUACUACAGCUAUACAGAUUUAUUUAUUGGCUGCACCACCCAGUAAGACGGUAACUGCUGUUUUUCGAUUUCAGUUGAAUCUUUUGAAUGGGCCCUUGCUAGCGUAUUUAUUUCCAGAAACUGAUACCAGAAUUAUGAUGUUAGAAAAUGGAAUUUAUUGGAUUCAGCAUGGAUUGAUGUUUAUAGUGCCUUAUUAUCUUUUACGGCUAGGAGGCACUUACAAUAUAGAACCACUGAGUGAUAUUUCAUGGAAUGCCCUCAGUUACAGUAUAAAUUUAAUUUACCAUUUUGCUGUUUUACAAGCUAUAGCAAUACCAACUGAAGUAAAUUUAAAUCACAUGUUGUGCCCAGCAAUACUGGACCCUUUUCAGGGCCAACUUUACAGAGUUUGCGCAGUAAUUCAUCAAGCUUUCUUAUGCCCCGUACUAUGCAAACUUUACUGUUGCCUAUCAGAAUUUUUCAUAACCGAAUUUUCACUUACCAAAGUCAAAACAUCACCAAACUGUAAAACUUUACCAUAUAGGAAUGCCAUUACUGAAACAAAAGGUCAUCAACAUAGUGACUAAUUUUAAUUAACCAAAUACAAUAUAAGUUUUAAAACUGCUACAGGACCUGUAGUUAUACCUGGUAUAACAUAAAAUAUCUCCCUAUAGAAUGUAUAAACAAUAUAAUUUUUAGUACGAAUUCUUUAAUAUUUAUUUAUUGUUGCGCAAUAUUAACAUUAAUAAAGCAACAAAU